AUUGAUUGGUGUUGUUUCAUGGAAGAGGCCCCUGUCCCUUGUGUGUGUGUGAUGCUGAACUUGGCCGGGUCCAUCCUCUCCUGUCAGAAUGCUCAGCUGGUGAAGUCCCUGGAAGGGUGUCAGUUGAUUAAAUUCGACAGUGAUGGUGUCUGUGUUUGCUGUGAAAUGCAGCACCAAACUUCAGGCUGCAGUAACCUGGGAGAAACACUGAAACUGAACCCUCUGCAGGAGUGCAAUGCUGUGAGGCUGACCCUAAAGGACCUGUUGUUCAGUGUGUGCGCUCUCAAUAUCAUCUCCACCAUUGUCUGUGCUUUGGCAACAGCAAUGUGUUGCAUGCAGAUGGUUUCUUCUGAUCUUCUGCAAAUGCAGGAUGAUAUCACACAGUUUCUGCCACAGAGGCCCCAUUCUGCCAAUCCUGACUGCAUGACUCCACAUGGGACUGUGCUGCACCAAACCUUGGAUUUUGAUGAGUUCAUCCCACCAAUCCCCCCCCCUCCCUACUACCCUCCAGAGUACACCUGCACGCCCGUGGGGGAGGCACAGAGAAGUCUCCAUUUGGAAUUCCCUCAUUCCCCAUUUGGUGCUUUAUAUGAAGUCACCAUUAAUAGCCCAGGAAUGCUGUAUCCAAAUGAGCUGCCCCCUCCUUACGAGGCAGUGAUUGGAGAGAUGCCUGGCAGUCAGGUGACUGCUGCUGCUCAGCAAGAAUCUGAAUCGAGCCUGGGGGAGAGGAACACAACCCUGGACUUCAGCACACAAGUUUCUGUUGAGAGCACCUCUUUGAUGGUCUCUGAGGCUGUUGAUAUCCCAGACCAUAGCUACUCUGAAGAUUUUUGUUUGCUGGAAGUUCAAGGAUCUCUCCACUCUGCAGAUCUUUCUCCCUACUGCAUAACCCCCAAGGGGGCUGCAGACCAGAGCUGCAGCGCCCUGGAUUGCCACACUCACUGCAGGUUUCACAGAACUCACUCAGAGGGCUUUCCUGAUGAGGGUGACAGUUCCCACAGCCGAGCCUCUACAGACAGGUCUCAAGGACAGAAAAAGAACUGUGCCCAGGGCAGGUCCUUGGACUGCUGCUCAGGGAAUUACAGCCCCUCAGAAAGAGAACUGCAGAGUUCUGCUCAAGAGAGCAGCGCCACGCCGCCUUUGAAGCAAAAAAACCCCUGCUGCGUGGACUUCAGCCAGCCUCCUGCCACUCUCCAGAGCUCUCCCUGUUCUGCAAACACUUCACCAUGUGCAAGUGGCCACAAGGCUGCUGUCCAGCAGCAUGUUGGAAAACACCCAGCCUCGAGCAUCGUCCGGUCCAGCAGUGCCCCCAUGUCCUGUUCACCUGAAGGUGAUAAUUGUGCCUGGACUUCUGUGUGCAGGCAGUGCCGAGAUGCAGGAUUAUCUCCAGCUACAGGAGAAACAGUUCCUGUCUCUGGCUCUCACAUGGCUGCCUCUGCUUGCCAGCAUUCUUUGAGCAGUUUCCUACUAACUGGACAACAGAGGGAUACCAGGAAAACUGAUCUGCACCUAAAGCCAAAGGCUUUUCACACAGUCUCAAAAGAGCGGCCACAUUCCUUAGUGGACCUUAAGGCCUAUAAAGACACAAAAAUUUUAGUGGCAAAAUUUUUGGAACAUUCAAAUUGUAAUCUCCCUCCAGAAGUGCGUCACGUAGUGAACAGCAUCCGCUCAGUCAUUAAAUCUGAUGAGAGACACAUGGAAGAAGCCAUCUUCAGUGCCAAUAUCAUAGACCAGGUGAUUUCCAGCUCCCAGCAGGGCGUGAGGAGCUGCAGGAGGCGGCUGCAGGAGGAUCUGCACCUGCAGAGCUGCGGAGCCCUGAGCUCCAACGCCGCCCCGGCGCUGCAGCCCCGGCUGCGCCGCGGCUCCGGGCGCGACAGACCGCACAGCCUGAUCGGGCUCUGCCGGGAGACCAUCCUCUGAGAGCCAGAGCUGUGGCAGCCCAGCUGAGGCACCCGUGCAGGACACCUGGGCUGGGAGAAACGCAGCUAGUGGAUGACUUUACGAGGAAAAAGUGUCUUCCUUUGGAAUUCCACUUUUUUCCCCCCACAGCAGGAUGAGAACAGCUGUUUUUCUGAAUGUAAAUUUCAGCCUUGAUUUUUGCAAACUUUUAAUUGAUUUAUUAAUUCAUAACAAGUGUUUUCCCAACCAGAUAUGCAUUUAUUUCACUGUAUUUACAGAAAUGCUACUGAUGUUGCCCAGCAUUUCUUGGAAACCCUUGCAAACCAACCAGAGACUGGCUGUACAACUUAAAAGUUGUAUUUAUUUAAUGUACCUCAAAGUGUUUUAACUAUCGUCAGUGUUUUAAUAAAAAAGUAUUUCUGGACUUUGCCUUUUCCACAACUGAUUUGGAUCCAAACAUAGAGGUGAUUUAUACACACAUACAGUGCUGCUUCAAAUCCAUUUCCACUGUCUUUCAUUCCAGACUAACUGAUCUGACCUGUUUAAACUGCUCCUCCCUCCCAGUGCUGCCCUUUCCAACCCCAGUAUUUGCUACAGAGUGGUUUAUUCCUGCUUCGUUCUGAAUGUUCACCAGUUCAGUCCUGCACUAGUGUGAGUGACCAAGAACUGAUGGUUAAUCCCCUGCAGUGUGUGACCAAAAGGGAAGAAGACUGAAAUCCUGCA